AUGUCUUCUUCUCCUUCUCCCGUUAAACGGAAGAAGACAUGGAGCGGUCUCGCCAUGACUUCCGCAAACCCCAACCUCGAAUCCACCGAAUCCUCGAAUCCACCCUCACCAACACAACGCUCUCCAGACCUCUCGCGCUCCCUAAAUAGUCUUGUUGAUAAUGACGAGAGGACCCCUCUUCUGCGAGAUGGUCCUCGUUCACGGCUUCGACCCCAUACUGCUGCUACUUCAGGGACCAACAUUGCCAGCGGAUCUCGUCUGUCAAGACGGCAAAGUUUCAAUGGAAGCCUUCACCCAAAACACCACAGCCGUGCUGGCUCCCUAGGCUCACGACUAAUCGGUGCCUUGACAAAAAGAGACUCGAUGCGAGAGUCGAAGCUCAGCCUCUUCUCCGACGAACGAGUAUGGUACGAUCAAUUUACGUCUACGGACUGGGUUCACGACAGUAUCGCCGAUGCCUAUCGAAUUAAAGCUCUGAGGAGUCGGAAGGAUAUACGCGGGCGUAUCAAGGCCGCCUUUGAUGGUACGCAAGGAUGGAUUUUGAGUGCUCUCGUUGGCUUCCUUACGGCUUUCGUGGCGUAUGCUGUGGAUGUGUCGGAGGCUCCUUUUUUUGAUUGGAAGGAUGGGUAUUGCCAUAAGGGGUUCUUUAUGAGUGAGAAGAGGUGCUGUCCCCAAGGAGGACGCUGCUCUUCAUGGAAAGCUUGGUCCAACUACAUCCAAAUUCCUCAUGUCGAAGAACAGAUAGUUGAGUUUGUGAUCUUUGUAAUCCUAGUUGUUUUCUUCUCAACUACGGCCUGUCUGUUGACUCUUACAACAAAGACUGUUGUACCAUCAACUUACCAUAUCUCCACGCUUGAUGAGAAUCUAGCUGCCAUAUCCAGGAAACCAACCGAGGUGGAGUCAGAUGGUACCGACAGCCCGAGAUCGGUCCCUGCCCCUGAUGCAGAACUAGCUGAGCCCAUGGUUUACUACUCAGCUGCCGGUAGUGGUGUCGCCGAAGUUCGAGUCAUCCUCAGUGGUUUUGUGUUGCACGGUUUUUUGGGUGUGAAAACCUUGGUUAUUAAGAGCGCCGCUUUGAUUUUGAGUGUUGCUUCAGGCCUCAGUUUAGGCAAAGAAGGCCCGUUCGUCCACAUUGCAACUUGUAUAGGAAACAUUGCAUGUCGACUGUUCGAUAAAUACGACCGAAACGAUGGGAAGCGCAGAGAGAUUCUAUCAGCUGCUGCUGCAGCUGGAGUCGCUGUUGCUUUUGGCGCCCCCAUUGGUGGCGUUCUUUUCUCACUUGAGGAAGUUGCGUAUUUCUUUCCAGCAAAAACGUUAUUUAGAACGUUCUUCUGUUGCAUUACGGCAGCGCUUUCGCUCAAAUUCUUCAAUCCGUAUGGGACUAACAAGAUCGUCAUCUUCGAAGUCCGAUAUUUAACUGAUUGGGAAUUUUUCGAGCUCUUUAUAUUCGCUGUCGUCGGCAUGCUAGGUGGAGCCGUCGGGGCUAUUUUUAUCAAGGCGUCCCGAUCAUGGGCCAAGACGUUUCGCAAGAUCAACGUCAUCAAGACAUAUCCACUUGUUGAAGUUAUGUUAGUCGCUCUUCUUACAGGGCUAGUCAGUUACUGGAAUCCGUACACCAAGGUUCCGGUCGCGAAGCUACUCUUCAACUUGUCCAGCGCUUGUGAUAUUGCAAGCGUAGAUGAUAUGGGCCUUUGUCCAAGUUCGAUUGAUGAAAUUGGUCCGGUAAUUUUGAGUUUAGCAGCUGCCUUCUUCAUCAAGGGCAUCCUCACGAUAAUCACGUUUGGCAUAAAAGUUCCUGCGGGUAUUUACGUCCCAUCCAUGGUCGUUGGUGGCUUAAUGGGGCGCAUCGUUGGUCACUUCGUGCAAUGGAUGGUUCUUCGAUUCCCACUCUACCCCAUGUUCGGGGACUGCGCUGCGCAUUCAAGCGGCAGGUCUUGCAUUACCCCUGGAGUUUACGCUCUCGUUGCUGCCGGAUCCACCAUGUGCGGGGUUACCCGAUUAUCUGUAACCCUCGCUAUCAUCCUCUUCGAGUUGACCGGAAGUCUGGAUUAUGUCUUGCCGUUCUCCCUUGCAAUUCUCAUUGCAAAGUGGACUGCUGAUUUCAUGGAGCCUUUGAGUAUCUAUGAUCUCCUCACUAACCUAAAUUCAUACCCCUUCCUUAACAACAAACACAAACCAAUCUUCACCUCCGACCUUGGCGACAUCGUCCCACGCGUCCGCCGCGAGCGCAUAAUUGACAUUUCGAACUCGCCCUUGGUCUCCGCAAGCAGUCUCCGCGUCAAACUCGACAUUCUACACCAAGCUGGUGAAGUCGAUGGCGGUCUACCCAUCAUUCGAGACGAAAUACUCGUCGGCUUGAUACCAGCACCAGACUUGGGAUUCGCGCUGGAUAAUUUAGAUGAUGAGGUGGGCAGUCAGUGUCUUAUGGCGAAGGUGCUUAGGUUGGAUGAUUCGGAUGAUGAAGAGGAUGUUGAUCCAACGGAUUUCACGCCUUAUAUUGAUCCAGCACCAUUGGCAUUGGAUAUUCAUUCCCCAAUGGACCUCGUCUACGAGUGUUUUGUUAAACUUGGCUUGCGCUAUGUCUGCGUGACGAAAGAAGGGCAUUUUGCUGGAAUUAUCCACAAGAAAACAUUUGUAAAAUACAUGCGAGAACUAGAGGAAAAGGAUGGGCAUAUCCGGCACUAG